UUCAAUUCUAAGAGUAAGAAGUCUGAGAUGGCCAAGAGUGGACAUUAUUAGUGUAUUUCAUUUUGUUAUUAUAUUUUAAUUGUGAAAAAUGAUCAGGGUCUUGGCACUGUUGGCGGUGGUCCAGUAUGCUGUGGCUAUCACUGAACCGUCGCUGGAUGAGAUCAUUAAAGAGAUCUUCGGAAUAUCAGAAGAUGAAGAUGACAGCAAAGUGGGGCUCCCGGGCUGCAACGACCUGGAAGGCUCCGGCCGCGGCUGUCAGGAGUGCUACUUCUGUAACCACUCCCUCAUACAGGACAGCAGGAUUAAAGGAGGACACGUGGAACUGCAAUUAAAAGAUUCAUCAUGCGCCACCACCCAGAUAUGCUGCGUCCAACAACAAGACCUCGUCAACUAUAGAUUGAGUGACGCGUGCGGCAUAAACAACCCAGACGGCAAGCCCCGCAAGCGGCGCUCCGCCCCCCGCGCUGUGCUGCAAGGAGAAUUCCCGUGGCGGGCCUGGGUUUACAAAAAGAACUCCCUCACUCCGCUCUGCGCCGCCUCAUUCGUGCACGAAGACACCAUGGCGCUCCUGACCCUGGCCUCUUGCGUCCAGGGUCUGUCUGCCGAGGAUCUGGACGUAGCUUUCGUGAAGGGAGGACAGCGAGCUUCUGUCGGCAAACUUACUGUACAUAGUGGAUAUAAAGCAGGUCAGGAUUUUGAGAAAACAUUUCAGCUAAUGGUGCUCCUGACCCUGACCCUGGCCUCUUGCGUCCAGGGUCUGUCUGCCGAGGGUCUGGACGUAGCUUUCGUGAAGGGAGGCCAGCGGGCUGCUGUCGGCAAACUUACUGUACAUAGUGGAUAUAAAGCAGGCCAAGAGACCAACAACAUAGCCAUCUUGAAGCUCCGCUCAUUAGAGUCGACACCGGCCUGGGCCUCCCCUGCCUGUCUGCCUCUGGCCCCACCAUCGCAUGCGGCCCCCUGCAUCACCACCUCUGACAAGGACAUUCGUUUAAACACUAUAAUACCCCUACGCACAGCAUGCACGGAGGCCCACGAGGCCCCACCGGACUCACUGACAUGUGCCGUGGCCCCACCCAAGGACUAUGAACCGGAAAAGUCUGCAGGCCUCUUCUGCAAAGAACAGCACGUGACGACUCCAUUAUACAUCCUGCACGGCCUAGCCAUAUCGAAGCAGGAUGACUCUGUGACCACAUACGUCAACGUGUGGCAUUUCACCGACUGGAUCAAGGACCAGCUUGGGAUAGCUCAUUAAAUUAAUUUACACCUUUAGAGCCCCAUACUAGCGUCUUUUGAGCGUCGGCGAUUAGUUAGCGCUACGGGAAGCGUCGCUGCGUAGUUGCGCCGCAAAAUAAAUAAUAGUACUAAGUACAGAAGACUCACUCUCUAACAAAACGCGUGUUCGAUCAGCACAGAUAUGGCCGCUAGGUGGCGACAGCGCCACGCGCGGCUUAUGGCAAACCCCAAAAUUGGUGUGGAACGGAUGUACUUUUAGCUACCUGUAGCAAAGCGACGAAAUCGCGGAGUGAGACAAGUGGCGCUAAGGGAAAUAGCGUCGCUGCGUAGUUGCACCAACGUUGCGCCGAACUGCAGUCAUAGAGUUGACUAGACACAGAAGCUCGCGAGACGCUAUAGUUCCGUUUUUUUAGCAUUAGAAAUUAGGUAAACAAUCUUGAUGUGCCUUUUAAUUGAAAAACACAUUUUAAAAAUAAGUUACAGCUAAUAUGUAACAAUUAUGAAUCUAAUACGAUCAUUUAUAUUCUUCUGCUUUCAUAAGUAAUAGUUACUGAUUUUUAAAAAGCGUUUUUCAAUUAAAAGACAUGUCAAGAUCGCUUACCUUCUUCCAAGUUCUUUCUAAUGCUAAAAAAACGAACUAUAGUUGUGGGCUCUUAUAGUUUUGUGGCGUCUCCUCUAGCUGUCACUGCCCACGUCGUGCCAUAAUAAUCUAACAGAUGGCGUUAGGGAGCUAGAACGUAAUUAGUAAGAGACCUACAUCGCGCUUACGGAGUUUUAAGAGUCAGUUGCUAUACAGUGUGUUUUCUGUAACAGGAGCAAUAAAUUAAACUGUAGGCUGUACUCCUCAAACUGACCAACAUUUGUUCAGCAACUUUUGAAAAUAACUCAUGUUUUGAUUUUUAUUACACUUUAAAGUUUAUUCUAAGACGCAAUGUAUUGCAAAUUUUGUUAUGUUAAAAGCGUGACAAUGACAACUAACGUCAAACACCCUGAUGUCAGCGUACAUUGAAGGCAAUAUUUAUUUUGUAUGAAAAAGAGGAAGACUAAAGGAUUCAUAAUUUUUUAAAGUUGCUGAACAAAUGUUGGUCAGUUUGAGGAGUACAGCCUUUAGUUUAAUUUAUUGCUCCUGUUACAGAAGCACCCUGUAUAUAUAACUUCCGACCAACUCUCAGUGGACUUCGGUCCCCAGGCAUAACACCCGCCUGAAGAGAGUACUCUCUAUUGCCUCUCUACCUACUACAGUUACUCUAGUUUCUUCCAGCACGGCCUAGCUAUAUCGAGGCAGGAUGACUCUGGCGGGCUAGCCAAGGUGACAAUCGCUUGCCCUUCGCCAUCGAAUUGCUUUGUGUUUCUCUAUCACUCUUCCAUAUUAGUGUGACAGUGACAUUUGCGGUUCGUUCGCUACGUAGCGUUAGCGAUUGGCAUGUUGUCUACGGGGCCUGGUCUACGUCAUCGUGUGGCAUUUCACCGACUGGAUCAAGAACCAACUUGGGAUAGCUCAUUAAAUUAGUUUUAGCUAUUUUAAAUCUCAAAACCUAUGUAUGUUUUAAGAAUAAAUGAUUUAAAAGUA